CAAAUAGCGUUAUCGUGGAGAAAGGAGUGGGGUCAACACAUGUGCUAAUUAUCAUGCUGAUAUAAAAAGGCUUCAAGUGCCACCUAGUUUCAUUACCAUCUGUUCUCCAAGACAGUGAGUCCCACGUCGACCCGAGGCUAAAAUGCUGGUAUAUUUGACCUUCACCUUGGUGCUGUUGUCGUCUGCUGUGGCCAUCAAUGGCCCAUGUGCUCCCAAUGAGGAUCUACUGAGUUUCCUGAAGGUCGUCCACAACACCCCCUCCUACAACACCCUGUCUGCCGAGAACAAGGUGAUGAUGACGGAGAUGGUGUCGGAGGUCCAGACCUGUCAGCUCACAGCCUACAUCAACACCGUCGGCUUCAGCAAAGUCCUCGGUUUGCUGGACAGCCUGACUCCUCAGGAAGCCCACGUGUUGAACUCCUACAUCGUUAAGCAUCUUAACAUUGAGAAGGCUGUGUUCGACAAGCUUAGCCACACAACAACUCGUCCACACACUUCUCACUGAUACACGAGGGCAGGACUUACUUAUUGCCGAAUCUGAAAAAACAUGAAAGUGAAUAAAUAUGAGACAAAA